AUGUGCCAGGCGCAGCGCUUCAUCGGACCGCUGGGCGAGCCGGCGAAGAAGUCGGAAGAAGCGGCGGGGUCGGUCGCGGGGCAGGAACCAGAUGAGAAGCCUGACUGGAAGGACGAAGCAUAUCAGCGACAGCUAGAACGGAUCAAUGCGCGAAAAAGGAAGCAGUCGCCGGACUACAAGGAGUCCGCCUACGAAAGGAAAGUGCGCUUGCGCAAGAUGGCGAUGUGGAAUGCGGCGCAGAGGAAGGGCGUGAACGAGGUGGGUGCGCGAGACUCCACUACCAUCGACAUCAAGGUGAAGCUGCUGAAGCCCUUCGGCAUCGAGUUCGAAGAACGCGAGGAUGACCCCAACAGAGUUUGGGUCGGCCGAAUACUGGAGGAAGGAUCAGCCUUCAAGAACGGAGAGGUGGAGACCGGGGACUUCCUCACCACGGUGAACGGUCAAGACGUGGAGGGCAAGCCCUACGAUGAAGCCUUGCAGUACCUCGUGGAUGCCGAAGGUGAGAUUGACCUGGUCUUCAAGCGCAUCUACGUGGCCUGA